AAUGCACAUCACAAUGUUAAUUUAGUUUUAGAAAAAAUGUCUUACGGAUAUAAUUAAAAAUAGCUGGAUUGGAGUUACAAAAUGGAGGAGAGCUCUACAUGGUCGGAUACAUGCCUACGCUGGGUGAGGGGAGUGAACAAUGGUUUUAAUACUAAAACUCUAGUAUCUCUAACAAACGGAAAGUUUUUCUCAUGGUUCAUGGUUCAGUUUCUGGAGGGAUCCUCGGCACAGGAAACAACCAGCCAAACAUUUCAAGAAAUAAAAAUACUGUUAGAAAAGGAAUUCCCGAAUGUGUCGAUUGUGUGUGUUGAACUGGCAGCGGAAGGGGCAGAGGAUGAACUUAUUAAGUUGGUGACAGUGUUCAUGUAUUUGGGAAGUGUGGAACGGAAUCAUUCUUUACUUCAACAGUUGCUGGUCGACUCCAACAUUUUCUCCAGAGAAACUCAGUUCAGGAUUAAAUGUAUACUCAAGGCUAUGUCUGAGCAGAAAAGUAUGCUAGACUCUGCUACUCUAACUACUAUGAUAAUGUCCCGGGUAUCGGAGAAGACGGGUCUCCUAGCUGAACCUUCAGCUAGAGCCAGGAUAUCCAGUUGUAAUCUCACCAGACCUAAGAAAGCUAGUCCCGGGAGUCCGGUUAUUUUCCAGUAUUCUCCUGGUUCGGGUUCUCCGGGCAGACAAACAGUUGACAGUCCUGUUUCUUCCCAGACCAAUCUAAUGUUGGCUGAGAGAACCAAGGAACUCCGUCAACUCAAGGUGGAACUGGAGUCAGAGAGAACGGAGAAACAGUACUCAACCAUGGAACUUAAGACUUUAAAAAUAGAAAAGGUUCGACUAGAACAGGAGAUACAGAGAUUGAAGCAGGAGAAAAGAGAUCAAGCAGCAAAAGAAUCGUUAAAUAUCUCAAUAAAUAUGGAGAGUGAGUUGCGAGACAGAUUUCACCUUCUUCUGGAGGAGAAAAAAAAGGGGGAAGAAUAUCUAGCAGGAAUUGAGAACAAGCUUGAAUCAGUGACUCAAGAGAAGGAGAUGUUAGAGAGCAGAUGUAAAUAUCUAGAGACUAAUCUUAAAGAGACAAGUAAUCUAAAAUAUAGGUGAGUAGAGAGUAGAUGUAAAUAUCUAGAGACUAAUCUUAAAGAGACAAGUAAUCUAAAAUAUAGACCUCUGUUGUUGAGCCAGGCUAUGAAGAUGAUGACGGUGUUCUCAGGUAGAGGGUAG